AUGCGUUACAAGUUUUACAUAUCACUUGCUGCUAUCAUAUUAGGUUAUAUAAUCUUGGUAACAUGGUUAUUUAUUUUUCGUUUACCGAUCUGUCAAGAUCAAUCCGCCUUCAAACCUCACUUUCCACCACGACCAUCUGAUCCACAAAUCAUUCUGAUUGAACCAUGGCAAAUGCCAGACUGGGUUCAACGAUAUAAUCUCACUCAUUUAUUUGAUUGGACUUGGGAGAAAAAUGACGAUUUUGUACGUUGUCGAGUGUCAACUGUUUAUUCGCCACAACCAAUAGCAUGUAGAAUACAAUCCACCACAGUUGUCAAUGAUGUUCUCAGUUAUUUUGAUAUUCACUCAGAUAAAGGAUGCAUUGUGGAUAAUGUUGUUCGUCUUCCAAACUUCAUUCCUCAUCCAUUACCACGUGCACGUUCUUUAUCUAAUACAUGCUCAUCACUUAAUAUCGAUCACAAAUGGACCUUAUGUAAACAAUCACAAUCACAACUCGAUCAACGACUUCCAGCAACUACAAGAUUUGUAACUAUUGCUGUAUUUAAUGCAUAUAUCGAUACAGGUUAUUGUCAUUCUCAACUACCUGGAACAAUCUUCACUGAACAUGCUACUUUUCAUUUUCAAUCAUGGACAAAUAAUCCAUGUUAUAAUGAUCCUAUCUUUUAUAUUCCACGAGUUCAUCCUGAACAUCAAUAUACUGAACUCAUUGAUUCUAUUGGAGUUUAUCUUCAGGCACCAGGACAUUUUGUACCUGAACAACUACCACGACUACUUCGUCUAUUAGCUACUGCACCGAAAACAGCUAAAGUUCUUGUUGCAAAAGGUGGCAUCGCUGAUUCUUUGCUUGAUGUCCUUGUUGAACGUGGUAUAGUUACACGUGAUCGAAUUAUUCCAUAUGACAACAACAAUCGACCUUAUUAUUUUGCUAAUAUUGUUUAUCGAAGUGAAUCUUGGCCUUAUCUAACUGAUAAAAAUAACUCUCAUCAUCUUUAUGAUCGAACAGAUAUGCAACUUGUUCAUCGAGCUCUGGCGACUGAUGGUGAUGAUGAUGAUGAUGAUCAACAAUCUAAGAAUAAGAGAGACCUUGUUAUUCUCAUAAAACGAA